UCUGUGUGUGAGCUGAACUCGUAACAGCGUCUUUUCAGAAUAGUCUCUGUUGUGACUAAUCUGUGGAGCUCCAUCAGUCCGGGACUGUGGUUUCUGGGUCCAGCUCAUGUGUCUUUGAAUGCACCAUGAAGCCGCAGCUUACCAGGACUAAGAGGCACUCCCCCGCCACACAAGCGGCCGGAGAUGAGGCUGCUCUGUCCCUGGAAGAGGAGCUGGUCGCGGCCAUACACGCAGCUUUCGAGGUGGCCGUGCAGAUCGCAGUCAGCGAAGUGAAGAAGCUGGUGGGUCAGGCGACGGGCGACACGUACGAGGACGUGCGGCGGGAGAACGAGUCCCUCAGGCGGAGGCUGCAGAGGGCUGAAGCCAUGUUGGAGCCCGCGUGCGUCCUGGAGAGAAGUGGGGUCUCUCUCCCGUCGACCGACCACCCGUCUCCGGCUAAAUUCAGACCUGCAGCGGUCUGUGUGCACAGCUGUAGAGGGAUCCCAGGUGAGGCUCCCCCUGCCUGUCACAGCUGUGCACAGCAACCGGCGAGCAGACGUGAGGAGAAGAUAUCCGCUGAUGUGAGAAUGCAGCUCUUCGGUCAUGCAGCUUCAGAGCCAGAGGAAGAACUUAGUAAUGCAUGUACCAGUGAAGUCACACAAACAAUUUCCUUUGUAAGUGUGGUGAAGGCAGAAAGCGUCAAGCAGCCCUGUCAGGAGACGACUGCUCACCAUGUGGCUCCACUCUCCAGCAGUGAUGCAAUGUCCCCUUUAGAGCAGAUUACAGUAAAGCAGGAGAAGCAUGAAGAGGAGGAGGAUAGAGAUAGUUUAGAUUGCUGUUUAGACUCGAUCAAAGUGGAGGAUUUUAGCCUGGAGUCUGAGUGGGAACAAGAAGUGCUGGAUCCUCCGAGCCAAGACCUGAAACCCCAGCUGUCCUGCACCACGACUCAGGCUCAUCCUCCAAACAGUGCCCCAGGCCUUCCCCCGCCCACAGAUCUUCCCUCCCUCUCUUCUGAGUUUCCCAUCUUCCAGCUGGAAGAACCGUCUCCGACCCCAGAGCUUAGUCCACAGACUAAUGGGGUCCACGUGAGGAGCAGCCACACCAUCGGCAACAUGUACUCCUGCAAGCUCUGCGGCCAAACCUUCCAUCUGCCCAGCUUGCUGCGGCGGCACUCUGGCCAGUGCCAGCAGAAGCACCAGCAGCGUUGUCCGCCGCCCACAGCUGGAAGGAAGAGGAGCCGACUGCAGCUUUACCCUCCGGGCUGCAGCCCCUUCCGCUGCACAGAGUGCAACCGAGAGUUCAACCGCCUGGAGAACCUCAAGACCCACCUCCGCAUUCACACAGGAGAGAGACCAUUCACAUGCUCCGUGUGCUCCAAGUGCUUUCGUCACUCUGGUGCAUUAACCAGGCACUUCCGUAUCCACACCGGAGAGAAGCCGUACAUCUGCGGACAGUGUGGGAAGACGUUCAGAAACUGCGGGGGACUUAAAUUCCACCAGCGUGCACACAACAAGCAGCUACAGUGAAGAGGGACUCAAUGGGAUUAAGGACUUCAGGACUCACCUAUUUGUGUGUGAUACAAACGGCUCAUUUUUCUUGUGUGCAAUCAUUUUAUGUUUUAAAAAUCUAUUUUCACAGGUUCCCGACACCGACUGCAAUCCUCUGGGUGGACUUGAUGUAUCUCUUAUACACAUAGUAGCCUAUAGGAGCAUUGAGAAUUUAAAGCUAUAAUAUAAACAGACAAAAAUGUUACUAUCAUAUAUUAAAAAAAUGAGCAAAAUGCAAACAGUCCCAAUCUUUCAUUAAGCCUAUCAACAUGUCAGAUGGCCGAUCCUUACAGGGUCUCUCCUGUUCUGUCCCACUUUUUCUGUCAAUUCUCCCCUUGGACAUUACAGCUAUUUAACGGCUCUUUCCCAGAAAGCAGCUUCACAGCAAAUUAUUAUUGAUCCGCUUUCAUUUCAGUGGUAAUGUCCUGUGAUUUAGUGACCUCUUGGUAGAAAAGGACAAAGUCUCUUAUUCGGCUAUUUAGCUGCGUACUGUCCACAUUAAUGAUUUAUAGAUAUGUGGAAGCUUUUAAUGCAUUUGGAAACGUGAAGGACAAUAUGAUUAUUAAAUUAAAUCACUGAGUCAGUAUUUUUCUUUUUUUGCGGCCAA